UUCCCAUGGUGGGUGAACGAUCACGGCACCACAGUUCCCUACAGUAAUUGUAGGGAAACUCUGUGUGACCCGAGUGGCUGGCCUCACCGAAAGCUGUAGUACGCUGCACUGCAAGAAACCUAACGCUAUUCGUGGCAAUGGCAACGUUUCAAGCUGCAAAACUAGCGUUGUAGAAACUGUCCCCGCUCGCGAAAACUUAACGAGCGGGGCAGGCAUAUUUUUUUUUUCCGGCCGGCAAAAAUGCUGUUUGUCCGCGGCUCAAGCUCUUAUCGCUUAUGUCGAACCACGUGGGUGCUGCAACCUGUGCCGAACGGACGACUGCUACGCGGGACGGAACCUACAUGGGGCGGUGCACGAAUGCGCCAGCACUUCAGUGGGAGGGACCCGCCGGACCAAGCUGAGACGACAUCAUCGGCGGAGUCGGUUUCGCUUCUGCGUUUUGGAUACGUCAACGAGCGUUCCGUUUCGGUGUGUGUGAUCGCGGGUCAAAGGACUCGGAGCUUGGCACCCGUGUCGAGGGCAGGAGGCGAAGUAUCGGGAAGUACAGCGUCAUCCCUGAUGCUAUCGAGGAUCGGAGGACGCCAUAAAAGUUGGUCAACCAUGUCGUCAACCAUCGGUGUGCUAGCAGACGACAGCGGCUCGUUCCGCAACCGAGACGGACACAAGAUCGCCUGCGUCACUUGGAGUCCCGAAGUUCAACCCAGGGCCCUGGUGUUUCUGGCCCACGGCUACGCCGAGCACUGCCACGUCCCCUGCUACGACUCACUGGCCAGGAGGCUCGUCGAGCUGGGAUGCUAUGUGUUCGCUCACGAUCACGUUGGCCACGGCAAAAGCGACGGUCCGCGAGGCAUCGUCAAGUCGGCCGACAUCUACGUGGACGACAUCUUGACACACGUCGACUUGGUCAAACAGAAGUUCCCGGGCACGCCAGUCUUCCUGUUCGGGCAUUCCAUGGGUGGCACGGUGUGUGCCAGGAGCGCCCUGGAGCGUCCAGACGAAUUCGCCGGCAUGGUGCUGAACGCCCCGGCCGUGUGGCUGGACCCCGUGCAGUGCAGCUGGACCAAGAUGACCCUGGCUCGCAUCCUUGGUCGAGUGGUGCCCACCCUUCCCAUCGGCAACCUGGACCUGUCCCUGGUGUCCAAGGACCCGGAAACCGUGGCCUGGAUGACCAACGACCCACUGCGAUACCACGGCAGCGUACGCGUCGGUUGGGCCGCGGCCAUGCUGAACGCUCUCCAGGACCUCCAGGCUAAAAUCGACUCGGUCGACACGCCAUUCCUCAUUCAGCACGGCUCUGCUGACAAACUCUGCGAACUUGCUGGCUCCGAAGAUUUCUUCAAGAAGGCGCCCAGCAAGGACAAGAGCUUCAAGGUGUACAAGGAUUGCUACCAUAGCCUUCUCACUGAACCUGGUGAAAUGGGGCAACAAGUUCUUCAAGAUAUCGCCGACUGGUACACGUCCCGGUUAUCAUCGUGAAUCGAAGAUCACUGAUGUUUGUUAACUACGGCGGAUAAAAACGGAGGCGUGCACUCGCAUAAGGUGGCGAUGUUCAGAUAACAUUCUAAAUAGGGUUCACUUUUUGAAGUAUUAUCUUUUUUGAAUCCGUCAGGGAAUGACUGACGUGAAACACGUCCACUGUAGACACAACCUCCGCAACACUGAUGAAGCCUAGCGAAUAGGUUUCGGAGAUAUUUGUGGCAGCUAGAAGGCGUUGCUGUAGAACUUAACGUAUUAUGCAAGAACCGUCCCUAAAAUGAUAGCAAUGCACUGUUUUGAUGCCUUGUACACUUCAGAGUUAGAUCCGAUGGAAUACCAGCUAGUAAAAGUCGGGUCUUCAAGCAAACAGCUUUGCCUUCUCAUUUACCCCACCAACGAUAUCUAGGGUCCCUCAAACACAACGAAGAGGAACUGCACAACUCAAUCCAUUGUGAAUUUUAUUGGUAGGUGCAACAAAACCUUUUAAGGUAAUAAUUUUUUUUGUUAGCAAUAAAUUUAACCUCUAGUAAGAGUGAAAUAAGAAAAAUGACUUGGUUCAUUCCUCUGCUGUAAGUGCCAGCAAAUGCGAUGUCUAUUGCAGUAGCGUUGUAAGAAGGCGUACUCUCUGAUACGGCACUGUCACUCUGUUUAUCUGCACCCAACACCGCCUUGAAGUAUUGAAUUUUUGGGUGCUAACCACGUGAUCAAACUGUGCUUGUUUUCGAUUCAGGCUGUAUCCACAAUAGAGAAAAUGUACAAAGAAAUAGCACGCAUGUUGUACAGAAACGGAUGCAAUUAAACUGUAUAUAAUUCCUGCAA